AGGCUGAGCAAGAGGAGGCGGGUCUGAACCCCCAACUUUACCUCAUUCCCAUUAGCCCCCUCCCUUUUCCUCCCUCCUUCCCCCAAUUGUCUGUCUGGGUCCCAGCUCUAGGAGGAGGGGACAGAGAAUGGGGAGGGGGGUGUGGAAGGCAUGAGACCAAAGGCAGAGACAGAUACUGCUUGAGAGAGGACGGACAGAAGGCUAGGAGCCUCUAGCCCCAAUUCCCAGACCUCGGCCCCCCUCCACACCCCGGGCCCCAAGGAGCAAGACUAGAAACUCCCCUUUAUCCCCUGGUGUUCCCCCAAGUGUGGGCACACACAGCCCAAGGUUCUCUAAGCUGAAGGCAGCAGAACCAGGGCUGGCAGGGGGAGGCAGUGGCUGCCUGGGGACUAGGAGGGGGGCCGAAGCAGGGCCAGGACCAUGGGGCUGUGGCUGCUUGGACUGCUGCUACUUCAGGACUGGGGUGAGGCCACAGGCUCGGAGCUGGCCUUCGUGCAGGAGCCCGGGGACGUGGUGGCGCUGAGAGAGCACCCGCUGCUGCUGAGGUGCCAGGUGGAAGGAGAGCCACCCAUCAGCAUCUCCUGGCAGCGGGACGGGACCCCCCUGGGAAACAGCAGUGGGGCCACCCUGAUGCCAGAUGGAUCUCUGCACCUCGGAGGGUUCCCCACCCACCGGGCCCUUCAGGGUUCACUCCUACCUCCCGCCAGCGUCCACGAGUACAACUGUGUGGCUCAAAAUCGAUACGGACGGCUGGUGAGCCGGCGAGCCCGGGUGCAGCUGGCGAGUCUGUCUCGAUUCCACCAACACCCCGAGUCCAUGGUGGUAGAACAAGGAGGGGUGGCCCGCUUCCAGUGCCUGAUCCGAGGGGUACCCGAGCCGACCAUCUCCUGGGAGCACAACCGCACUGCCUUGAGUGCUGCCCACCACAGAUUCACCUUACUUCCUGCAGGCAUCCUACAGAUCACAAAUGUCGGGCAGUCCGAUGUAGGGACUUACAGAUGUGUGGCACGCAAUGUAGCCAAUACUCGAUACAGCCAGGAGGCCCAACUUGCACUGAGCGUGUCUCCCCCUCGGCUGCUUCAGGAACCAGAGAUUCUGUCGGGGCCUCAGAACCUGACGCUCACCGUUCACCAGACGGCUGUGCUGGAGUGCAUUGCUACAGGCCACCCGCGCCCCCUGGUCUCCUGGAGUCGCCUGGACGGCCGCUCCAUUGGGGUGGAAGGAAUCCAGGUCUUGGGGACCGGGAACCUGAUGAUCUCCGAUGUGUCUGUCCAGCAUUCUGGAGUAUACGUCUGUGCGGCAAACCGGCCGGGCACCAGGGUCCGGAGAACGGCCCAGGGGGUUCUUCUGGUGCAGGCCCCUCCAGAGUUUGUCCAGUGGCCACAGUCUGUGUCAAAGCCCCCCGGCAGCAGCGCCAUCUUCACCUGCGUGGCCCAGGGGGUUCCCGAACCCCGGCUGAUCUGGCUGAAGAAUGGGAAGGUGCUGAGCCCCGGAGAGAACGUCAGGCUCACCCACAACAACAGCACGCUCAUGUUGGCCGGCGUCACGCCGGCGGAUGAAGCCAUCUACCAGUGUGUGGCGGAGAACAGCGCGGGCUCCAACCAGGCCAGCGCCCGGCUGGCCGUGACGGGGGCCCCCGAGCCGCCCCCCGCUCCCCAAGGCCUGCAGGCUGCUGCCCUCUCCGCCUCCGCGGUCCGCGUCUCCUGGGAACCUCCUCCUGCCCGGGACAAGCCCAGCAUCAUCGGCUACGUGCUGCUUCUCCAGCCCGAGGGAGAACCGCCUGGCAGAGAAGUGCAGGAGGCAGUGAGCAAAGGAACCUUUGAACAUGUUUUCACCAACCUGGACCCAGCUACCACCUAUUCCGUUCGUCUUCGGGCAUAUUCUGCCGAGGGUGCUAGCCAUGACUCCCCUCCUGUCCACAUCACCACCAUGGGCAAUGCGCCUGCGGCCCUUGGCUUCUCCACCAAAGUGCUCAAUGCCACCUCAGUGCAGGCCUCCUGGGAGCUGCCUCCCCAGCCCGGGCUCAUCCAAGGCUUCAAGCUCUUCCACAGAAAGCUGCCAGCUGCCCACUUUGAGGGACCCCUCCUCCUGGCCAGCAGUGCCAGCUCCUUCCUCUACACGGACCUGGAGCCUGCUGCCUUGUAUGAGAUUAAGCUUCAGGCCUUCAAUGGAAAUGGGGAUGGAAACAGCACGGUCCGGUUUGUCUCGUUGCGAGAUGCCUUGACAUCGGACACAGAUCCCAAGGCUGGAUGUCCCUGUGGCCAGGAUGGGGAAAGCCCAUUGCCUGGGGUAGUCGUGGGCAUCCACGUGGGCCUCGCUGCCCUCAUCAUCUGUCUGCUCUGCCUCCUCCUGGGGUGGCGCCAUAGGUAAGGCCUGGGGUGCGGCUGGAGGGGAGGAGAUGCUUUGUGUAGAGCCACAUCAGUAUAUAAAACAAAGCUAUUGAGAUGUGGGGUGGUUUGCUGGAAAGAACACUGGACCUGAAGUCAUCAGACCUUGGUUCCAAGUCCGGCUCCAACAAGGACGCAUCAGGUAAUCCCGGGCAAUUCACCACCUCUGAGGGUCUUCAUAGGUAAGACAGUAUUUGUCCUACCUCCUUGAUAGGGUUUUGUUGAAAGGAGGAAAACACUUUGUAUAACUUAAAACACUGUAUGUUCCAGUAGGCUGUGUGUGUGUGUGUGUCGGGUAUGUUCUACGGAGUUGGAAGUGGGAAAACACUUUCUGUUCUGUGUUUAGAGUCAGAAGAAAUGUGAAGCAAGGGGUGGGGAGGAACCAGUGGAGAUGAAGCUAUAGGUAACCCUCUCUCCAUCUGGUUUUAAGUUUCCUCUGUAGGAAAGGGUCCGGGGAACACUGGGCAGUGCCUCCAAGCUCUGCUGACAGGGCCUCAUUAGGCCAGCUGGAGAGUGGAGGAAAGCCUGGAGAGAGGAUCGAGCUCAUUUCCCAGGUAAUUAGGUGGUUGGUAGUCCAGGGAGAGUAAGAGGCUGGAAUGGAAUAAGCAUUUAUUAAGUUUCUGCUAUGUGCCAGGAACUGGGCUCAAUGCUUUACAAAUAUCUUAUUCAAUCUUCACAAUAACCCUGCUGGGUGGGAAUUGGAACAGGUCAUCUGGAAUGGAAACCUUGGGACUUUGCUUCCUUCCCUCUAGGUCACUGUGGAGCAACAGUCUGCAGCCUAAGGGGUCUUCCUCCCUGCCCAUGCUGAAAAACUCCGGAACCACCAAAGAAUCUACCUCACUCUAUCCUACUUCCAGAAUCAGGACAGAACCAAAGCUACCUCAGCCCCUGGGUGGGGGAAGAGGAGAAAGUUUUCUCACUCUCCUUUCUCCACUCAGUCCUCCUCUUCAGUGACAGGGGAAUUCUGGGGGCUAGGCCAUGUCUCUCCCCCCACCCCAAAUACUCUCAAACCAAACAACUCUCAGGUGAGAGUUUCUCUCAGGAACUCCUGCCCAGGUCCUUCUUUCCCAAACUGGAAUCUGUCUCAAUCCAAAUACGAUUCUACCCAAAGAUGUAUAGCUUUAAGGGGUCCCCCCCAAAUAAGGAGAAAUGGGGCAAGGGGCUCUGUUGUUACAUUCCUCUCUAUACUACAGUCAGACUUUUAUUCCACUCUCCUCUUCUGAUUAAAUUCGGGAGAUGAGUCAGUUCUCUGACCUGGACACACAGGCAUCUUUUCUCUGUUUAGCAGUUCCAAUGCUUCAGCCAGUCGCCUAAGGUGCUUAAUCUUUUAAUGACCUACCUCUGAUUUAUCCCAAACAGAGCCUAGUCAUUGUGUGUGCCCACAUACGUUCAGGCCACAUCUUCUCUAAGCAACCAAAAACACUCCAAACCCUCAGUGGAGGUUUGGAGUUUGUGGGGAAAAGGUAUUAUCCUGACCCAUAAUCCAAAGCAGGGGCCUUUUCUUUGGGCCCUUACCUUCCUUCACUCCCGUUUGAUUUCUAUUUUUGAAAGCAGAGAAUUUAGUUUGUUAGGUUUGUUUUUUAGGGGGCUGUGGGUAGCUCCUCCCAGGGGAAAAAAUCCCAUUCCCAAUCCUGCCCCAAUAGUACCAGUUUUAGGGACAUAAAGGAGCCUUUGCAGCCCUUCCUUUCCCAAACAUCCUUAUUUUCCCCAAAGCCAAAGUCUCCACAUCCUCUUUUCUACACCCUCCAAGUAUCAAGCCAAAAAAUUUAGGGUAGGAUGGACAGGGGGAACCGUCCAGGGAUUAGGAGUGUACCCUACCCAACCCUUACACUCAUAGAUUUUGCUGAGUGAAGCUAGUACCAAUGAAAAACUUCCAACAAACCCAAUCCUAGGAACUCCAAGCCACUCCACACACCUUCCAACACAGGAGCAAAAACAGCUUGACUCCAAUGGUGUGGAGGCAGUCUGGAAAGACAGCUGAGAAGGGUCAAUACCCAAAUUUCAUGAAGGUACCCAUAUCUCUGGGUUAGCCAGGUGCUACAGUUUUGUUGGAAAUAAAAGUUGAAAUGGAGAACACAGUUAAGAGUCAAGUCUAUGCUCCAAGGCUUCUAAAAGGAAUGUUUUGGAGGGUGAGGCAUCAGGGUUUUUUUUUUUUUGGUUGUUUUAAAAUAGGGAAUAAGGUAAUACUGUUAGCUCCUUGGUUGCAUGUGACAACUGACUCCCUUCUUAGUUUGGGGAGCACUGGACAACACAAGAAGACAGGUUCUUCUUUCCCAGAUACCAAGGACUGAAUUACAUUUGGUUUAAUAGGACUUUGGGAUCAGAGGAGAUAUCUUCUCCUCGGGGAGACUUGUCAUACUAUUGCAAUUCCUCUGUGUUGUUACUCCAACAAAGUAUUUUCUGACAGAAAGCAAUAUUGUUACUCAAAAAGGAGAAUGUGAAUACUAAGAAGAUAAGGCAGGAGGGAGAUGUGGGGUAAAUAGGGCAGGUGUAGGAGAGUGGAUGAAUUUCACCUUUUGCUUACCAGACAUUAAAAGACAAUAUGGAGAGAGAAGGCUAGACAAAAUUAAGACAAAAUAUAGACAAAGUUUCUUCCCUCAUAUUCCUGGAUAGCACGAAGCUACUGCCCCCAUCCCACCCUCCCAAUCCCCAUGCCCAAACCAUCAAUCACAGGAAAGUUUAGAAACCAUUCCUUUCUUUAUUAAACAUAGCUUGCAAGUGAUAAAUAUUACAAAGUUUUUUUUUUCUUUUAAUCCUUUCUCCAAAAAUUAGCUUAUUAUUUGAAUCUGUCACUGCAGAAGCGCUUGGCAGUAUCUGAAACAGAUGGGGGUGUAUUUGUUCUUUUGAAAACCAGUUUCUAUUGGUCUUAGUCUUAUUUCUUUCCCAAACACAAUGCAGAAAAUAAAAAUGAAGAGGCAAAAUAAGGAAACUUAGAGUUGUGCAAAAGGGUCUUGCUCCUCCCUCCUGCCUGCCCCCACAUAAGGGCAUCUCCUAAUUUUUCAAUUCCCACCCCAUCUCCCCAACCACAUGUCCCACCCACUGCCUCCAGACAUCAUUUAGUCAAGAACUUGAGGAAGCCAAAGGUAGACAAGCAUCUCAGUCUGCAAUUUUUGGGGUGAGGGGUGGGGAACCUUGGUCAUCUAAGGGGUGAAGUAGGAAGAAAAGAUGUGUCAAUACCUGCCUAAUUCUCUUCUAAUAUGGAGUCAGCAUCCAAGGUCCUGUGGUCUCAACUUUGAUAGUGGGGCAGUAGAGUGAGACACUUGUACAAGAAAAUCACAGCCAGCUCUAAUAGAAACUAAGGGUAUGUAUACCCAUCUCCAAGGCUGGUGGCGGGGGAAGAGGAGAUAUUCCUGUGGAUGAUUGUGUCUCAUUGGGCACUAAAGAUUCACUUCAAAGAGAUCAGAUCACUACCAUUCUGGCCAUCAACUCUGCUGCCAAUCUGAGGAGACACCAACUUGAAGGGGGGGGGGGGGGGAGAUAUCACCAGAUUCUUCCUUCCUGGCUUAUCUCAUUCUAACCUAUUCUUCCCUCCCCUCCUGUUAAGAUGGUAUUUGGGAAGGGUCAAAAUGGAACACACCUCUCAGAGCCAGAACCAAUUUUAGGAAUCAAUCUAGGCCAAACUUGUUAUAAUCUUAUCCAAAGUUAGAUGCAGAAAUCAAAAUUAGAACUCAUCUCUUCACUCCCUCUUCACGGUUUUCUCAUCACUAUAACUCUUCUCUAUACGAGGGGCUCUCUUUGCUCAGCCUCACCCAUUCCCACUCCAGCAAGGGCCAUGUGCUUCCUAGCUCAGCUGAGGCCUUCAUCUCAAUUCAUACUGAUCACAAGUGUUAGUAGUGCUCAACUGAAUGUGGUACUGAAUUAUAUGUAACCUUCUUAGGAUGACAAUUAGAAGAGUUUUUUCCUACUUACUUAGCCCACAUUUCCUCCCCUACCAACCUUCAUAAGCAAAUUAGCCCAGGUUCUUUCCUCUGGAUAAUGUUUUUAGGGUGUGGGGUGUGGGAGAGAUCUCUGGUGUAAGAAAAUCUGACACUGUGGUUUGUUAUAUAGUAGGUAUAUUGUAUAUAUGCUGAUGCAAUCAGAGGAAAAAAAACAGUGCAAAUACAAUUACAGUUCAUAAUACUUGGUUUCAAUGCCCCCUGGGAACUGUUCUGUUCCUCAGCUACCUCCCAGUCCCCCAGCAUCCCCCACACUUCCCCCAGAGUGUCAACCUAAUGCUGGGAAAGGAGGUGGGGCAGCUGGGGUGGGGGGAGGGCUCUGCCAAGGCAGUGCUGGUGACCUGGAGGGGCUGCUCCAGGGUGGGGAGGCAAGGCACAGUUGGGGGGGAGGGGGGGCAUCUCCAAAGCGGGGUGGGGAUUCAGGGGAGCCAGCUACCAAACUGGCCUAUCCCCUUGCCCCAUCAUCCACAGCCCUGCCUCCUAACCCCCAGAAACCCUUUUGCACGGAUCAUACACAAACGGGCACAGUACAAAAUGACGUAACACAGUUUCACAAUAUCCAUGGCUAGGGCUUUUUUUUUUCCACUUUUUUCAUGUUUUUUUUUUCUACACAAUGUACAAUUCUUCCUUUUUAAAUGGAUCAAGAAAUAGCUUAUAUACACGAAUGAGUCCUUGUUAUAACAUCUCGGCAGCAAAUAUCAUAAGCUAAUGAAGAUCUCAUUGGGAGAGGGAGAAGGAACCUGGGCUGGGAAAAGAGGGCAGGAGUGGGGAGGGGAGAAGGGUUAUGCUUUUAGGAUUGGGGAGGAUGGGAACAAGGGAUCAAAAAGUAAAAUAUCAAGAAGCAUCUUUACAAAGCAGUUCUACAGCUAAUUCCUUUAAAAAGGGAAAGGAAAGGAAACCAAAGCAGGAAAACACUUAUCUGCAUCUUAAAAAAAAAAGACUGAGAAAAAUAGGAGGGAGGAGAAAGAAGGGAAUUGAGAGAAGAAAAAAGAAUAAAAGCGCAAAGGGGAGAGAGAUGAGAAUGAGGAAAUUUCUACCAUACAUUACAUCCAAAAUAUGGGGAAAAAAAGACAUAUCUGAGGGACAAAUGGGGGACUGGAUGCUAUGGUCAAUGACAAAAUAAAAACAGGGCCUCAAUUCUCACUUCCCACAUUCCACUGGAGGCCCUUUGCCCCCAUCCUAUCUCAAGCUUUUUGGGAGCAGGCACUGUAUAUAGCCUGCCAGUCCCAAGUUCCCCCAAGCACCUUGGGAGAUGAGUGUGAGGAGAAGCCCUCCUGCUACCUCCACAUUGAGCUCUGGGAUUCAGAAUGAAAAAAAUAGUCCCAGAAUAAGGCGCAUCUUCCCCCUUCCUUAAGAUGGGGCUGUCCUGCCUGGAGAACCUCAGCUCAGCAUCCAUGAAGUCCAGGUCCAUGAGGAUGUUAGACAGACUCUAGGGACUCAGAAGUGGUGAUGGGAAGUUAUAAGGGGCUUGGGAGAGGAAAACAGAGAAAAAAGGAAUCAAGUGAUGAAAGGGAGACUUUUUGGGGAAAGGAAGGGGAGGAGAGGCAGAGGGCUAACACUUUACCAUGAUUCAGAAGACCAUAUGGGCCAUCCACCCAACACUAACCUCUGGAGGACUGGGGGUGGAGAGGGAAGCAGGGACCAGUGGAACAAGAACCAAACCUCAGCUAAUAAGCAGAGAAUCACAGACCUCUCUGAUCAAUAAGCAGCAUCUGUAGCUUGAUCUUGAAGAGGAGAAAAGAAGAAAGGAGGGAAGACAUGCUGUACUCCUUCCACCACAUCACAUCAUUUCCCUCUCCCUGGAAGCAGGUACUAGACUGCAGGCCUGCCUUCAUGCAAAAUCACCUUACACACCCAUUUCCAAGGCCAAAAUAUUGGUGGCUGGUUUUUAGGGUAGGAGGCUAAACUCAAAGCUGGGAUUGCCACCCGCCACAUGGUAUUGCACAUUCGUUUUUCCUUACUUUUAAUCUCAAAUGACACACCUGGGCACCUUGUACCUCUGGGCUGGGGGAGUUGGAUACAUGACAGAAAUGGCACUUUCUCAUGUGUUUGUGUCAGGGUAGAAGAUGGAGAGGGGAAGGAGAGGCUAGAGAGACAUGCCACAUGGCAAGAUGACACAAGAAAAACAUUAAAAAAAAAACAAAACCUUCCAAUUUUGUGGAAGAGAGAAAAACAAAACCAAACUAUUCAUCCAGUGCUUUCAAAGCACAGAGAGCAAAGAAAAGAUGUAAGAAUAUAUAUUUAUAUAUAUAUAUAGAAUUUUAAAAUAAUCCCAGAGCCCACCCAACACUAUUCCCCCCCACCCCCACCCCAUUUACAGUCAGGGGGUACCACACACCCCAUCAGACAACACUCGCAACAACAACCCCAUCACUAUCAGUUACUAGCUUCUAGCUUCCAGAUCCUUUCACCACCAGGGAGUCCAGACACAGGCUGUAUCUUUGCCCCUCUAUUAAGUGCUCAAUGGAUUUUUGGGGUUAGGGAGGAAGAAAAAAAAUUGGGGAAGGCCCGUGGGGCCAGUAAAAUCACCCGAAAUGGCACAGGAGUGUCAGGAGUGGGUGGAAGACCAAAGCCUGGUCCCAGCUCCUUUAGCCCUAUUCCAAACACCAAAAGCCUUUUUGGGGGAAUGUGUAGUCCUUUCUUUCUCUUAUUAAUUUUUAAAAGUGCCUUUUUUUUCGGGGUGGGGAAUGGAGGUGGAUCCUAGCUGGCUUUUGGAAGCUGGGUCAGGAUCGCACACUCCUUCCUCAUGCCUUUCUUCUGGGCAUGCUAUAUUUAGGGGACCUCUGGCAGUUUAUUAGAGCUAGAAGGGUGUGUGUGUGUGUGUGUGUGUCUGUGUGUGUGUGUGUGUGUCUGUGUGUGUGUGUGUGUGUCUGUGUGUGUGUGUGUCUCUGUGUGUGUCUGUGUGUGUGUGUGUGUUUGAGGGCAGUACACCUCAAAAAAAAGCCUGACACCUUCCCUACCCCCUCAAUCCAAAAGGUGGGCAGACUGGGUGCUUAUUUCCUCCCCCCAUUCCCAGAAUGACAUUGCACAAUUCAAUUCAUUUUCUACAUUAGUAGCGAUUCCCAAACAAAACAAAAACAAAA